GGGAGAGAACCAGUCUAAUACAUGUGUGAAGUGAAUCAGCCGGUAAUCGGUGUGGAACAGACACAUCGAUCAGAUCUGAUCUGAUCAUCGAUCCGUGCUCCUCGUGUAUUUAUGAUCCGGACUGAAGUGAAGUGUCCUGUGAACGGAGGCGGGUGGUUAAUGUUGAUCUGCGCUGAUCCUCACACGUGUCGCUCAGCGGGAAGUGGAAACUCUUCUUUGCACUUUUCAUCUUUCAGCUGGAUCGUUUCUAUCAGCUCUCUCUAAAGACUGACUUGUCCACACUGGGUCCGAACAUCAAGACAAACCAGGGGAUCUUCAUUUUUUCUUCAUCUCUGCUGCAUCAAACAUCAUUAUUCCACUGCAACAUAACGCUGAACUCCAUAACAUCAAGACAAAAGAACACUGCUGCUCUGAGGAUAGAAACCACCCAAAUUUUAUUGGUGUUUUCUGUUGCGACUCUGUUUUCAUUGUGACCUACCAAGGGACUGCAGCUCUGGUACGACACAUCAACUGGUAACUAUGGUAAAUGUCUGAUGUGCGCGUCAGUUGAAAUUCACUUCCUUGAUUAUAAAGGCGUUUCCUCUUUUUCACUUCUGCACCUACCUCUCUAUCUGGCGAGACACAUGGUUCCAGUUGAGUUACUGGCAUCAUCUCAGAGAGGAGAGAAUGGAGGCGACUGUGUCCCAUGUCUGGACUGAGAAGGAAUGAUCGAUAAUUCUACAGCAGCAAUGGUCGUUGAGGCGAGGUUUCCUCCCUCCUCAUCAGUGACCUCGCCAUUUGUCUCACCAUGCCGUACGACCCUGUCGCCUCCGUCUUUUACAUCAUCCUGGAAGUGCUGAUCGCCGGGUUCUCCGUGCUGGGCAAUGUGCUGGUCUGCUGGGCCGUGUGCCUCAACAGCAACCUGCAGACCAUCACCAACUUCUUCGUGGUGUCGCUUGCGGUGGCUGACAUCGCAGUGGGCGUCCUGGCCAUCCCUUUCUCCAUCGUCAUCAGCAUCGGGUUCUGCUCCAACUUCUACGGCUGCCUCUUCAUCGCCUGCUUCGUGCUGGUUCUCACUCAGAGCUCCAUCUUCAGCCUGCUGGCCAUCGCUGUGGACCGCUACAUUGCAAUCAAGAUGCCGCUCAGGUACAACAGUUUGGUGACAGGCCGGCGGGCUCGAGGCAUCAUCGCCAUCUGCUGGGUUUUCUCCAUCAUCAUCGGUCUGACCCCAAUGAUGGGCUGGCACAAGCCGGCUGGGGGGGGCAACAGCACCAACGCCAGCGCGUCCGGCCUGAUGAAGUGCCUGUUCGAGGAGGUGGUGGACAUGGAGUACAUGGUCUACUUCAACUUCUUUGCCUGCGUUCAGAUUCCUCUGUUUCUGAUGUUGGCCAUCUACCUGCGCAUCUUCAUGGCCGCUCGUCACCAGCUCAAGCUGAUCGAGGUGAAGGCCGCUCACGGGUCGCGCUCUACACUGCAGAAAGAGGUGCAGGCCGCCAAGUCUCUGGCGAUCAUUGUAGGGCUGUUUGCUGUCUGCUGGCUGCCUUUACACAUCAUCAACUGCUUCACCCUUUUCUGUCCCGAAUGUGAACGUCCACCGGCCUUGAUCAUGUAUGUGGCCAUUAUCCUCUCUCACGCCAACUCCGUGGUCAACCCCUUCAUUUACGCCUACAGAAUCCGGGAGUUCCGGCAGACCUUCCGUCGGAUUAUCCGGCGCCACAUCCUGGGCCGGCAGGAGAUGUUGGACAGUGUCAGGAGUAAACACAACUCCACUCACAACAGCAUCACAGACUCCAUCAGACUCAAGGCGAAUCAAUUUUUCACUGAGUACAGCAGCGGUGGCAACUGGGAAAGCUCCUACAGCUGCCCUGCUCACACCUCUCCUGUAUGGGGAGGACUCUUGGCGGUCUCUAACCCCUCUCUGUCAGUCAUCAUCUCCCACUGCCCUAAGACGGAGCUGUGUCCACUGCAGACCCUCGGACAAACUCAGAUCCCAGUGGGUCAACACCUACAGUAUGGGGAGCAGCAUUGUGACUGCAGCAGACCUGAAGUCAGGGAGGAUAAAGACCAGGUUGCAUCACUGAUCAAUAAACAGGACAGGAAGAGCUACUGUGGUGAGGUGGCAAAGGUUUCCUGAUGCAGUGGAGGGGGGUUAACUGACGCUGCUUUCAGACAUGCACUGGAUUUGAUCCUGUAUGUAAAAAUGCCAAUGCCCAAGUGAGAGGCUCCGGACUUUCUGGAGUUUCUCCGGACAGCCGCAUAGUAAAAACUCUGGAUAACGUCCUAAUGAGCAGAUGUGAGAAAAGAGCAGGAGAACCUCCAGAGGAUUCACCGCGAUCAAGUGAGCAUGUUGGUGACGUUUCUAGCAACUGACGGAUGCAAAAAAUUUACACAACAGAUUAUGUACAACAUCAGUGAGAUGACUUCAUCUCUCUCUCUCUCUCUCUCUCUCUCUCUCUCUCUCUCUCUCUAAUUUAAUCCUAAACAAGAGUCUAUGAGCACUGCUAGUUUCCCAAAGAGUAUGUGUUGCUUCACAGAAGUGGUUUAAACCCACUGAGCCACUUCUAACUUUCGGGUGUAGAAACUUCACGCUUCUAAUUUCAGCAGAGGAGAAAACACUGAACACUUUCUCUUCCUCUUUGCAAAUGGGUGUUUUUUAAUGUCUAAUGAAAAUGCAAAACCCACCACAGCUCAGCCAAAUAUGGACAGAGAGACAAUAGUCACUGAUUGUAGAUGUGAAAGGGCCUCGUGCUGCAGAUAAACUUAUCUGAUACAAAAAUAUUUCAAAUUUUCAGGGAUGGGGAUAUAAAGUCUCUGUCUGAUGGAUUUUAUCUUGUGCCACCACCAUGGAAUACGAGCAGAGGAUUGUUUCUUCAGCUGUAAUGCAUCAUCCCUGACAACAUUUAUAGCCUCACCCCAUCCUGAGGCCCUGCACGGUGCACAGACAGCGACUUACGUGCACUCCCAAUCUCUGUGGAGUAAAAAUAAUUAAGGACUGUACAUGUGUUAAUAUUUAAAAUUUCACAUUUUUUAAACCUCAAAGAUGAUGAUGUGAGGCUGAUUUGUAACCUUGUGUUUGCUCAGUGUGACCAUGUGACUUGAUUGUGUGCUUAUUUAAGUUAAACUCUGACAUAGUUUGAGGAGUGAUGGGGGGAUGGUUUGAUAUGGAUUGUAAAUGAUGAGAGACUUUAAAUCAAACUGAUGAAAGAUUUGUUUCUCUACUCAGUCCAGUGCAGCUAUCAACUUCUGUGAGGAGGUGUGCACAAAGUUCUGUCUUUAAAUAAAUGGUUAUGUUUUAAA